UUCGUGGUUGGUGUUAGUUCACAGUUAGGAAAGAGCGAGAGAGAGAGAGAGAGAGAGAGAGAGAGAGAAAAGGGCAGCGGUGCCGUGGUGGUUGUAAUUUCCAUGGCGACCCUUCCCUCCUCCGUCUCCUCCUCUUCUCGUCCUCUACUUCCUCUCCGCCGCCCUCCUCCUAUCUUCCGCUCCGUCACCACAACCACUAACUCCAGAACUAGAAGAUUCUCAGCUCUAGUUUUCGCUUCUUCCGCUUCUCCUUUUGAUGAUCUUAGGCGCCCAAUCCGGCCCCCCAAGUCCAAGAAGUCGGUUCUCUCAGAUUUGAUACAAGAGAUAGAACCCUUGAACGUGAGCCUUAUUCAGAAAGAUGUUCCACCUACUACCGUGGAUGCCAUGAAAAGGACUAUUUCAGGCAUGUUGGGCUUACUUCCAUCUGAUCAAUUUCAAGUUCUUAUUGAGGCCUUAUGGGAACCCCUCUCUAAGUUGUUGGUUUCUUCAAUGAUGACUGGGUAUACUCUAAGGAAUGCCGAAUAUAGGCUUUGUCUAGAACGGAAUUUUGAUCUAUGUGAAGAUAAGCUUGAAAAACAAACACCAGAAAAUGGUAAAGUUGAUUUGCAAGGGAUGUUGCUUGAAAGUGCAAAUAUUAUCAAAUUUCCUGGAAAAGAUAAGUUUUCUUCCAAUGCUGGAGAAGUUACUGAAGACUCAUUGGAGAAUAUUGAUAUUCAAGGCCUUGGUGAAGUGUCUCCUGAGGCUCAACAAUAUAUUCUUCAGUUGCAGGCUCAUUUAUCUUCUGCCAAAAAGGAACUCCAUGAAGUCAAGAGGAAAAGUGCUGCUCUUCAAAUGCAACAGUUUGUUGGGGAAGAAAAGAAUGAUUUGCUGGACUAUUUGAGAUCGUUACAGCCAGAAGAGGUAGCUGAGCUAUCAGAACCAACGUCCCCUGAACUGAGAGAAAUAAUCCACUCUGUUAUCCAUGGUCUACUUGCAACCCUUUCUCCAAAGAUGCAUUCUAAAGCACCUCCUUCAUCCGAGAGUGCCUCAGCUGGAGUAAUAAAUGGUGAGAGUGAAGAUUGUGCGGAACUUGUUGAGAACACUUCACUUCAUUUUCAGCCCCUUAUUUCAUUAACGCGGGACUACCUGGCACGUCUCCUCUUCUGGUGCAUGCUGUUAGGACACUACCUGAAGGGUCUAGAGUAUCGGAUGGAGCUGACGGAGCUUCUGUCCCUGACAAGCAAUGCUGAAAGCGAUACCCCUGAUGAUGAUCAAACUGCAUAAAUGUUUGUCUCGCUUCUGUUUAAAUGUGCAUUCAUGUGUACAAAAUUUGCAUUUUUCAAUAUGAAGACACUGAAGCCUGAAAGUAGGAACAAGUGUAGGCCACCAAACUACAUUACUACCAUUAUUGUUAAGAAUCAGUUAUGCCGAUGGAAAUGUGAAGGAAUAUAUUGCCCAGAAAGAAAGAGGGGGAAUUUUAUUAUUUGUA